CACUUAUAUAGGCCUUCUUCACCUUCGCACCAUCCCGCCAUGAAUCCGGAAGAGUCGCACGGUGGUGGCCGACUCUGCAUCCAGGAUGGCCGCCGUAACGAGCCACUCGCGCAUCUCGACGGACAUUGCGCUCUCUCGCGUGCCGUCCCACCGGCAUACCCACGAUGACAUCUCCAUCGCUCUGCCCGCCAAAGCAGGCCGAAUCUGCCAUGACCCGUCCCUCCCGUCUCCCUCGCCAGACACCCCUUCCUCCCAACAAACCGCACCCCGAGAGCCCAUCAACGUCGCCUCCGUCGAGGAUGUCCCUCCGGACGGCGGCUACGGCUGGGUGUGCACCUUCUGCGUCUUCAUGAUCAACGCCAACACCUGGGGCGUCAACUCGUCCUGGGGCAUCUUCCUCGACCGCUACACGACGUUGGACACCUUCCGCGCCGCCACCAAGUUCGAGUACGCCAUGAUCGGCGGCCUGUCCAUCUCCCAGGCGCUGCUGAUCUCGCCCCUGGCGGCGACCUUGCAGAAGCGCAUCGGCACGCGCCUCACCAUGCUGCUCGGUACAGCGGUGGUGUUCGCCGGCCUGUUUUCCUCGUCGGUGGCGACGCGCAUCUGGCAUCUCUUCCUGUCCUUUGCCUUCUGCUUUGGCUGGGGCAUGGGGCUUAUUUACAUACCUGCCAUGUCCCUCCUUCCGCCCUGGUUCUCCUCCCACCGCAGCCUGGCCGUCGGCUUCGCCACGUCGGGCGCCGGCCUCGGCGGGCUUGCCUACAGCCUCAUCGCAGGCCGUCUGAUCGAAGUCUCGGGCAUAGCCUGGACCUGGCGCAUCCUCAGCUUCACCUCGCUUGCCGCCAACGCAGUCUGCGUCCUGCUGCUCCGCGAGCGCCCGCCCUCCGCCUCCGCCACCUCCUCCUCUUCACGAGUCAGCCGCUACUCGUUCAGCCUCCGCGACUUCCUCCGCGUCCAGAUCUUCCUCAUCCUCUGCUGGGGCUUUCUGACCGAGUUCGGCUACGUAGCACUGUGGUACAGCCUGCCGAGCUACGCGACCUCGGUCGGGCUGGGCCCAGCGCAGGGAUCCGUCGUGCAGGCGCUGCUGAGCCUGGGCCUGGGCGUCGGCCGGCCCGUCGUCGGCUACUACAGCGACCGGGUCGGGCGCAUCAACAUGGCGCUGUGCAUGACGCUGCUGUGCGGUGUGCUGUGCCUGACCCUGUGGAUCCUGGCCCGGAGCUACGCCGGCCUGCUGGUCUUUGCGGCCACCGCCGGCGUCGUGUCGGGCACCUUCUGGAGCACCGUCAACCCGAUCCUGGCGGAGGUGGUCGGCAUUGCCGAGGCGGGCAGCACGUUCGGGGCCAUCUGCUUCGCGCUGGUGCUGCCGACCACGUUUGGGGAGGCCAUCACGCUGCAGCUGGUUAAGGGGGAGGGGACUCAUCAGUUCCUGCCGUCGCAGAUAUUUGUCGGGUUCAUGUUCCUUGCUGGUGCCGUAUUUCUGUGGUUCCUGAGGAGCUGGAAGAUAUCGGAGAUUGAGAGGAAGGCCGAGGAUGAGCGGAGGUCGGUCUGGACCGACAUGGAGGCUGCAGGGACGGCAGCCAUGAGAGGCGUGAGGAGCUCCUUCUGGUUGACCCCAAAGAGGUUGUUUAUGCUGAGACGGGUUUGACCGAGGAUGGGGCAGCCCCCUGUGCGUAUAAAGCAUUGCAGGCUCCGCAUCAACGUGUCCUACAUGGCGACGCUGAGCUAAGUCAGUCACUCUCGGACCUACGUAGACAUUCCUCGGAGAAGGGAUCAGAAUUUGAGCUAGGUGCUUAGUAUGAAGCUUCCCCCCUCUGUCCUCCGAACUAGGCUGCUCCCGCCGUACACCAGGAAAGUUUCCACUCAUCUUGCC